AUGUCCUACGGUAAAUCCCUUGCAUUGAGCCAGAAUUCUUUCGUCAAGCCUCCACAGCCCGACGUUGUCGAAGCUCCCGACCGACAAGAUGAGCUCGCGGCCAGGCGACAGAGACGACAGGCUACGGUCUACGAUGCCGUCGCUGGGCGGGUGAAUUACCAUGGCUUUUUGCCAUCGGCACCGUAUCCUUCCAAAUACCGCGCUACCGCAUCCUCCAGUACCCGUCCAGUCCGUCCGGAAGAGGUGCUCUUCCGCCGACAAAACGCCCCGACGCGAUACGAGGAGAAUGACUUUUACUUUGCACAUGAGUCUCUCCCGCCCAGUCGCCCUCUUCCCAGCUCCGACCUCCUCGAGGCGAUCCAUGCCUACUCGGCUGACUACUAUGACCAUGCGACGAUCGAUCGAGGACGGGACGAUUAUCAGAGCAUGGACGAGACGGCCUUGAUAGCCAUGGGCAUCCUGAUGGAGGAGAUGGCCAAGGAGUCGCUGGGUGAGACCGGGGAUAUGGUCCUGGUGGAGGGAGAGGAAGCUCUGACCGACGAGGAUCCAUUGGUCCCCCGAGUCCACCGGAAGAUGGGCCGGAAACGAGCCAAUACCGGACAGAGUAGCACCAUGCCAAGCUCGGGCGAUGAUCUCGAGAGCGUGGUCAAGAGGCGGCCCAAAAAACGCAAAUUGGGUCGUCGGAUGACUUCCGCAACGGACAUGGACACGGAAGCUGACGAAGGAUGGUAG